AUGUUAUCCCNCUUUGGCUGCUGGGCCUCCAUAAGCGCCCAGGCCGGGGCCACCCCUGCGGUGACAACGGAGGGCCUCAACACCACCGAGGUAGCCCAAGCCACUCGCGGACCCUCCCUGUCACUUAGGCCUACGCGGACCCCCAAGGCCCCGGGGCCCUCCUCCGGCCCCAGGCCCACCCCAGUCACGGACGUUGCUGCUUUGUGUGUCUGUGACUUGUCCCCAGCACAGUGUGAUGUCAACUGCUGUUGUGAUCCCGACUGCAGCUCCAUAGAUUUCAGUGUUUUUGCUACCUGCUCAGUUCCAGUUGUCACGGGUGAUAGCCAGUUUUGUAGUCAAAAAGCAGCCAUCUAUUCGUUGAAUUUUUCAGCAAACCCACCUCAAAGGGUGUUUAAAGUUGUUGACCAGAUUAAUCCGUCUAUUUUCUGCAUUCAUAUUACAAACUAUAAACCUGCACUAUCCUUUAUUAAUCCAGAAGUGCCUGAUGAAAAGAAUUUUGAUAAAUUGAUGAAAACAUCUGAUGGUUUUACAUUGAAUGCAGAAUCAGAUGCUUCUUUCACAACCAAAUUGGAUGCUCCAAAUUCUGCUAAAUAUGAGUAUGGGUCUCAGCUGCAGACUUCAGAUUCAUUUCUGAGAUUUCCUUCACCUCUAACGUCAUCUCUGUGCACUGAUAAUAACCCUGCAGCGUUUCUGGUGAACCAGGCUGUUAAGUGCAGCAGAAGGAUAAAUUUAGAACAGUGUGAAGAAAUUGAAGCCCUUCACAUGGCUUAUUACAGCAGCCCUAAAAUUUUGAAGGUGCCUAAUUCAAGAAUAAAGGUCCCUAUCACUGUUCAGUCCAUUGUCAUUCAGUCUCUAAAUAAAACACUAACCCUCCUGGAAGGCACUGAUGUACAGCAGCCAUCCCUUGUCAAUGCUGGGCAUGUUAGAAUCUGCAAUAACGUCGUUCUUGAGGUAAAGUACAGCCUCAUAUAUACAGAUGCAGGGGAAGUAACAAAGGCUGGUCUCUCUUUCCUCCUGGGGACAGUUAGCAGUGCUGUGGUUCCACUACAGCAAAAGUUUGAAAUUCAUUUUAUUCAGCAAAAUACAAAGCCAGUUCCUCUCAGUGGAAACCCUGGUUAUGUUGUGGGGCUCCCAUUAGCUGCUGGGUUUCAGCCUCAGGAGGGGUCCGGGAUUAUUCAGGUCAUGAAUAGAUAUGGACAACUAACUAUUCUUCGUAGCACAACUGAGCAAGACUGCUUAGACAUUGAGGGGAUCCGGACCCCAGUACUAUUUGGUUACAAUAUACAAUCUGGCUGUAAACUAAGGCUGCCCAGUGCUCUCCCUUGUUGGCUUGUAGUGCAGAAGGUGAAGAGCCUGCUGAAGGGCCAGGGUUUCCCGGAUUAUGUGGCCCCUUUCGGAAAUUCCCGGGCCCAGGAUGUGCUGGACUGGGUGCCUAUCCACUUUGUCACCCAGUCAUCCAACAUGAAGGAUUCUUGCCAGCUCCCAGUGGCUUUGGUUAUGGAAGUGAAGUGGACUAAAUACGGAUCCUUACUGAACCCACAGGCCAAAAUAGUAAAUGUAACUGCAAAUCUAAUUUCAUCCUCAUUUCAAGAGAUCAACACAGGAAGCGAAAGGACGAUUCUUAUUUCCACUGCAGUUACUUUUGUGGAUGUGUCUGCACCUGCAGAGGCUGGCUUCAGAGCCCCGCCAACCAUCAAUGCCAGACUGCCCUUUAAUUUCUUCUUCCCAUUUGUUUGAUAAUGCUCAUAUGAAAAGAUGCGCUGGUCCUUCAACAGACAUGUGAAAUUUGAAAACAGUACAUUUGGUGAGAUUAAACUUGUAACUGUCCAGCUUCA